CUCAUCCCCACGCAUCUAUCAGAAACCUCCAAUCUUUUUCAAGAUCAGAGUCGCACACAACUCACCUCACUCACAUUCAAAUACAUAUCCUAUCACUUAUACUCACUUCUAACUCAACUAUCUCAAAAGAGGCCCUCUUCACUAUCGAAUCAAAACGCAAAAAUUCCCAGGGGUUGACGUUCCUGUCCUUUCGAUUUCGGGCUUAGGUCUCCAUUCCUUGUCACGGCAAAGGCCAAUGCUAGCAUCGUCAUUAUAAAACUACCGCACAACCAGAAUAUUUAAGCAUCGGGAAACGAAUAGAUCGAUCACAACAAGCAAGAGAGAUUAGAGCGUCGCUACCAAAGCAGUGACCACUUCCGCCACAGUCACAACCAUGACCGCCAUUCCCGAUCCCGAAUUUCCCUGCUCGAUUGUCCUCAACGUCCCCUUUCCCACCGCUCGACUGGCCACAACCGCCCUCAAGGCCAUUCAGGUGGACCCUGAACUCUCCCCACUCGUCAGGCGACAGCUCACCGUUGUCCCAGCGCCGACGUCAACGCAGGGUUCUCCGUCUGGCGGCGAUGCAGAUGUCCGGCUUCUUGAGGUUCAGUACAGGGCCACAACCAAUCGAAUGCUCCGAGUCGCUGUCAACGGCUUCAUGGAGAGCUUGAAACUCGUGGUGGAGGUUAUGGAGCAGUUAGAUACUGACGUUCUUGAUCAUCAACAAUAACAGCCAUCCAUAUCACAUAACAAUAAACAAUGCUCUAGACCCCUAGCCAAACUACUUCACCACAUUCAUCCUUUAAUUCAUGUCACUCCUCGACAUCUCAGAGCUUGGACCCAUGUCUCGCUUCACUGUGCUUG